CGUCAUCGGUGACAUGGGAUGCACCACCGGCGGGUCACCACUGAAGGUCGUGUGAAUCGGUGACGGUGGCGUCGCUCCGUUCCUCGUCUCUCCUCCAUGUCUCCAUUCAGCUCCGCUAAACAACACCAACAAGAGCAACGAUGGCUCCAUGGACAUCAGCUACGAUAGCUACGGUGAUGAUCGGUGAAGAACAAGCCUCCGGUGGCGGCUAGCGAUGGUGUUCAUAUCGUUGGAUAUUGACUGGUUCCGAUCUACCAAAACCUUCCUAAUCACAUCGCAUUAGUCAAUUAUUUAUUUAUUAAGGUUCCGUUGCCAUUUUAGAUGUCUCUUCAAAUCAUUUAGGACUUAUGAGAAAAUUUUGGAGUUCUGGAUCACAUGUUGAUGGCGUUUGAAUAGUUUUCACAAAACGAGAACCUGUUAGAGAUGGUUAAGUUUGGUUUAGUGAAGGUUAUAAUAAAUGGCUAAUCAAAUGAUCGAUUAAAACAAAAACUGACAAAUAUUAAGCCGAUUAUAAAUGAAGGAUUUUACUUUUUCUCUGAUGCCAUUUCAGAUUUUAGGGUUGCAAAGACUGAACAAUUGUUUUGAGUACAAAAGAUCUAAAACAUAAACCAUAAAAACAGAGUAGAGAAAAGAUGGAAAUUGAUCGUGAAAGAGUAGAGAAGAUGGGGACAGUUCAGAGGAUGGAGGCGACGGGUGAAUACGCGACGGCUAAGAUAGCGGUGUGGUGGGACAUGAAGGACUGUCCGAUUCCGGAGGAUUAUGAGGCUGGUCAGGUCCGAUCGAGUUUAGAAGCAGCCUUCAAGGAACAAGGCUACUCUGGCCCUGUCUCCAUCACUGCCUAUGGCGACCAAACACAAACCCCUGAUCACAUACUGAAAGGGCUCUCAUCCACUGGAGUCUCUGUAGCACAUACCAAAUCCGAGAGCACAUGUCACUUCAUGUAUGAGGAUUUGGUGAAAUGGCGUCGUCUGAAUCCUCCUCCUGCUACAAAUACAAUGAUGAUCAUAUCAGAUGAGGUGGGAGAUAAAUUCACCUGGGAUCUGGUCCGGCUACAGCAACGGACGCUGUACAAGCUUUUUCUGGCUUAUUCAGUUAAGCCAGAAUAUAUGGUUCUCUCCGUUAGUGAACAGUGGUGCUGGAAAAAAUUACUAAGCAGCUCACCACCUGCUGCUGCUGGUGUUCAGCAGGGUGGUGCCAAGUUUUAUUGUAAAUCGUGCAGUUACGAUAGUGGAUACCUGAAGAAAUUCAAGAAGCAUCUCUCGAGUUACAGUCAUGCACGGGAAGAGUUUGUGAACCCUACGGACCACAAACUCGUACGUUACACGGAGGAUUGGGGAAGAAACUACAAGGCGACGCCUGAAUUUGCCACAGCUAAAAUACAUGUGUGGUGGGACUUGUCUGGCUGUCCGAUACCUGAAGGUUAUGAUGCUCGUCAGGUCCGUCCGAGUAUAGAAGCGGCAGUCAAGGAACUUGGCUACUAUGGUCCUGUCUCCAUCACUGCCUAUCGCGACCAUAAACAUACCCCCCUACAAGCUCUCUCUUCCACUGGUGUCGAUGUCGCACAUACCGUUAGCGAUGUCACUUACUCGCUAAUGUUUAACGAUAUGUUGGAAUGGCAUCGUAACAAUCCUCCUCAAACAGCUGCUCUAAUCAUGGUCAUAUCGGAUAAUGUGGAGAUCAUGGCACGUCGUCUUGUCAAGCUACUACAAGAGAAUAAUUACAACUUUUUUCUGGCUUAUUCGUUUAGGCCUUACAAAAUGUCAUACCUACUCACUUCUGCUGAGUGGCUCUGGGAAAGCAUACUUUCAGGGGAAGAAAGACUACUUCAGAACUGCAGCAGCAGCAGUGGAAGUGGGGACGGUCAAUCUACCUCAAGGUUCUAUUGCAGAUUGUGUGUCGGCUUUAUUACCAUAAGCAUUGAUAAGUUCAGGGCUCAUCUAAGUAAUGAAGAACAUGCACAAGAAGAAAAUGAAAUUCGUGAGCAUGGGGAAUAUCAUUUUGUGAACGAGAGGCUGUGUCAAUUAGCUGAGUACGAUGGAGAUCAUUUGCCUAGGGCAACCAUAUGAAGAAAGCUACCCGGCCGGGUUUUGGACUUUUCUUACUAAAGGACGUUAAUCUCAAACCUAGUGUGGUGAACUUGUUACUAAGUUAUCAAGCUCUUGCUUUUCGUUAUAUUUUAAUUUGAAGUAUUUAUUUUCAUUUUACUUUUGUGUCAUGUAAACCGAAAUUUUUUAGAUAUCCUAACGUUUGCC